CGGGGCCUGGCUUUCCCUCUUGCUGGGCUGAGGGGAGCGCUUCUUCGUGGCCCCGCCGCCGGUGUCUCGUCCGAGCUUUCGUCUCGCGGUCUCGGGAGCCGCGGAGAGGAAGACCCAGCGCUCAACCUGUAGACUCUUCAGGAUGUUGCGUCUUCGUUUUCUCCCUGCCGUGGCAGGCUUAGCUGCCAUUUCUAGGCGCCGUUAUGGAACAGUCCAUUCUGUCCAUAGCCGACGCAGGCUAAUGAUGGUGGCUUUUGUAGGAACAGCAGCUGUAACGGCAAGCACUGGACUGCUCUGGAAAAGAGCCCAUGCAGAAGCACCAUCAUCUGUAAAACAUGAUAUAAGAGCAGAGCCUGGUGAGAAAGCGAAGAACAGAGAUGAAGUUGUGAAUGAAGAGAGUGAUGACAGGAAAGCUGUAGAGUCAAGUGAUGAAGAUGCUCAGGCAGAAGGAAAGAAGAAGAAGCAGCGUUCUGGAUUUCGGGACCGUAAAGUGAUGGAGUAUGAAAACAGGAUCCGAGCCUACUCCACUCCAGACAAAAUCUUUCGAUAUUUUGCCACCUUGAAAGUAAUAAGUGAGCAUGGAGAGUCAGAAGUGUUUAUGACUCCACAAGAUUUUGUGCGAUCAAUAACACCAAAUGAAAAGCAACCAGAAAACUUAGGCCUUGAUCAGUUUGUGGUGAAGCGCUAUGAUGGGAAGAGAAUCUCUCAGGAACGCGAGAAGUUUGCAGAUGAAGACAGCAUAUUUUAUGCACUUGGAGAAUGUGGCCUUAUCUCCUUUUCUGAUUAUAUCUUCCUCACUACCGUCCUCUCUACUCCUCAGAGGAACUUUGAAAUUGCUUUCAAGAUGUUUGAUCUAAAUGGUGAUGGAGAAGUGGAUAUGGAAGAGUUUGAACAGGUUCAGAGCAUCAUUCGCUCCCAGACCAGCAUGGGCAUGCGACAUAGAGACCGUUCAACUACAGGAAACACCUUGAAGACAGGCUUCAACUCUGCAUUGACCACAUACUUUUUUGGGGCAGAUCUGAAAGGAAAACUGACAAUCUCUCACUUCUUGGAGUUCCAGCGCAAACUUCAGCAUGACAUCCUCAAGCUUGAGUUUGAAAGGCACGAUCCUGUAAAUAGCCGGAUCACUGAGCGUCAGUUUGGCAGCAUGCUACUGGCUUACAGUGGAGUACAAUCCAAGAAACUCACUCUCAUGCUCAAGCAACUCAAGAAGCACUUCCAGGAUGGAGAGGGGCUGACAUUUGAGGAGGUAGAGAACUUCUUCACAUUCUUGAAAAAUAUAAACGAUGUGGAUACAGCUUUAAGUUUUUAUCACAUGGCUGGAGCAUCUCUCGAUAAAGACACUAUGCAGCAGGUAGCCAAGACAGUGGCGAAAGUGGAGCUGUCGGACCAUGUGUGUGAUGUGGUGUUUGCUCUUUUUGACUGUGAUGGAAAUGGAGAGCUGAGCAACAAGGAGUUUGUGGCCAUUAUGAAGCAGAGGCUUAUGAGGGGCUUGGAGAAGCCAAAAGACAUGGGGUUUACGCGGCUCAUGCGGGCCAUGUGGAAAUGCGCACAGGAGACUGCUUGGGAUUUCGCCAUGCCCAAACAAUAACUCCAGGCCAGAAGAGAAGGCCCGGCUGCAACGUACAGAUGAGGACCAUGGAUUCUGCUGUGUUGCCUGUACAUGAUAGGUAGUCUUCAUAGUAGAUGCUCCGUGAAUGAAGGCCUCCUCUGAUGGAAUAACAGCAUUCAUUGCUGCACAGAAAAUCAAGCCCUGGAAGGCAAAGACUGUUAACAGCAGCAAAUUUUCCUUUAAAAUGCCUUUGUCUUUUAACUCAGCAACUAUUUCCCUCAUACACACACAUACACACACACACACACACUUUUCCCCUGUGUUCUCCUUAGUUUUUCCUUUUAAUCUCUCAGGAAGAAAACAAACCAAACCACCAGAAUAAUUAGCUUUGGAUAUUGUAGCUGCUUUCUCUAUCUCCCCGCAAAAUGGCUGAGCAUGGAUACUCCAAAGAACAAUAUUGCUUGCAUCAGUAGCCGCCAGAAUUUUAAGUAUUAUUGGGGCAAAUAUGCUCAUCAGAUUGACUGAGCACUUCCUCCUGUUCUGCUUCUGAAGUUGAUAUGGAGUUUUGAAAAAGGAGAGGCAGACAUCAAACUUGUAUUAUUCUUUAAGCUGUCCAUAAGUUUCAACGCAAAAUAUGGCCAGUGAAAGGGGUGGGGGCUGAGUGUGAAAGAAUUUGCGGCAACAGGCCUGUUUCUGCACGAAUGUCUGCCUUUUCUCAGCGGUAGUGGUGUGUACUGUUGGAGAAAAGUAUGAAUAUGCAAGACUGGGACAAAUCUGGUUUAAAGCAUUUUUUUUGCUUCCUUCCACCAUCCCUUCCUUGGGAUUCCUCACUUGCAUGUGUAAUCCAAUGUAUAUACUGUAAUUUUGUCUCUUAAUGAGAAUGUUAGCUCAUCAUGAUUUGUUCUUCCAUAUAGUCUUAAAGCUGCUCUUUACAGAGCUCUAGAGUGCUUGUAAAAUAUUACUUCAAUUAUAAAGGUUCCCAGCAAAACGUUAAACGCUCCUAUGUCGUCUUUCUUUUUCUGGGAAGCCUCAUGAAUUUAACCAGGUUUGACUUUCCGUUGGCAGCAGGUCCAUAAAAUUCAGUUGUCUUGCUGCCAAAUGGAAAAGGGGAGAAGGGGUAAUUUGGGAGAGCUAUUGGCUUUCUGGGUUUAUUAGCUAACAUUCCCAUUUCCUUGCUACUUCAGAAAGACAGGAGACAGUGAGCUUACUUUUAUAUGUCAGCAUCCCUGAAAUACUAAAAACCCUACAUAGAAUUUUUAUUUAUUUUCAUUAAUUAUUUUUGACGUGAAAUAAAAUACCUUGUAUUUCUG